CACGCGAUGCACGUCGUCGCGGUCUAGGUAGGAUAGGUAAGCGACUUUGGAAAGUGAACAGCCAGCUGCAGAAUGAAUUUUGAAUCACAAGGAUGCCUACAUAUUGACGCGUCCAAGUUGAAGGAAAGCAAAAUCAGGAAAUAGUAUCACUACUUACCAGCACACAACUUUCAUAUUUCUCCACAUUCGCGUUCUCAUGCCAAACCUCCUUCCUGACAAGGUCAUUUUUGUCUUGGCCGAAGCAAGCGACUCCAACGCGAAAUCACCAGCCCAAAAGCCUCGUCUAGGUACCAUCAAACCUUCAACACCAACAACCAGACUUCCCAAACGAACGCCACAGGAGGUCCUUUCAUAACCACCAGCUCACCAGGAUGGCUACUAGAAGGAACGUACCGGGUGAGAAGACUCCCCUCGAGAAGGAAUUGUCUCAAAACCUCGGAGAAAAGAGCAUCAUUACGCCUGCAGUCCCCGGACAUGUGAUCUUCAAGCUCCUGGGAUUCACGUUCGCUAUGGUGGUUUGUCCUAUUGGAUCUUACUUCCUUACACUGAACACUAUUUUCAGAGGCAACUCAACAUGGGCAGGAGCUACAGCAGCGGUCAUCGCGAAUGUGGUAUUGAUAGGCUAUGUGCUUGUGGCUUUCAACGAGGAUCAGACAGAGGCGUUAGAGGCUGCGCAAAAGGGGAAGGAAUCGAAGAAAGGGAUUUAAUCAUGUGAUAUUUACCGUCGAGAAUUGGCUUCGGAGUUUGGUUGCGAUAGCAGGAGGGCAAAAGGGUAUUCAAUUUGUAGAUU